CGGAUCGCAUCAUCUUCCCAACUUCAACUUACUCAACUCAUUACGCUUGCACUGCCACAUCGGUUCCAUCCAUCAUCAUUUCCUGAUCUUCCCUCAUUACUUUUGAUCACCAUCCUCAUUGAAUAUCAUCGUCUCGACUUCCGCCAUCCACCGACCGAGGGAUACUACGUCAGUCCGCAGUAUCUCCAUCCACCCGUCUACAACCCCGCCUUCUUCCUUCUCCCCCCAGUACUGUCCGCCCCAUCCUUGUCGACCAGGGAUACAAUCAAGCUGGCAGGAAAUAAGCGCCGCAGCUUUUCUUCGCAGGGUGGGUUGCUGAGCAGAAUGUUCAGUGGCUCCUCGAGCCCACCCAAAGACAAGACAGACGCCGCCUCAUCUCCAGUUCCUGGAAUUGACACCAGCGCCUUAAGCAUCCAUCCUGAAAACGCAAGCCCUCGCGACAAGAGGUUCUCGCCACCUGGUGCCGGAUUCUUUAAUCGCCGACAGAGCGAACAGGAAGGCCCUGUGGGUGACAAGAAGCGUCGCAGCAGCACCGUCACCAAGGCGGCAUCCUUCUUUAGCAACGCCAAAAACUCUUUGAGUUUGAACGGCACGCGUGAAUCUUUCUCAGUCGUUGGCACUAGUCCGUCGGGCUCCGAAAGCCCUCUUCAAAGAUUGGGUAGAAUGGACCCGGCUUUGAGUGUCCCGCAAGGGUCCUUCAACAAUUCCGCUGGAGAAUCCCAACCAACAGCACGAUCAUCUUUCCGCGUGGGUGUUACGGAAGACCGGAAUCGAAAAUGUCGCCGUACAAUGGAAGAUACACAUGCCUACCUGUACAACUUUCUCGGUACUCCGGCCCCUACAGCGCCUGACAUAAAUGGCAACGACCCCCCUGGAGCCUCUAGCGAGUCACAAGCGUCGGAUGCCUCAACAAAUGUGGUGGAAACAGACAACGGGUACUUUUCCAUAUUUGACGGGCAUGCUGGCACAUUCGCGGCAGAAUGGUGUGGCAAAAAGCUGCAUUUGAUUCUCGAGGAUAUCAUACGCAAGAACCCCAACACUCCCGUUCCUGAACUUCUUGACCAGACGUUUACCAGUGUCGACCAGCAGCUGGAGAAGCUCCCUCUCAAAAACAGUGGGUGUACAGCUGUCAUUGCUGUUCUACGUUGGGAGGAUCGUGUACCCAGCGCUCAAUCGGCCACCGGGUCUGCUGCUAUUGCUUCCGCGGCAGCGGCGGGUAGGAACGACGCCAACGCUGAUUCCAAAGAUACACCGGCUCAGGAGGGUCCCUCUGUUUCGAUUCCCAAGCUGCAGCGGAAGGCCCAGCGCCAACGCGUGUUGUAUACAGCCAACGUGGGUGAUGCUCGCAUUGUAUUAUGUCGGAACGGCAAGGCUCUCCGUUUGUCCUACGAUCACAAGGGCAGCGAUGAGAACGAAGGGAAGCGGAUUGCCAAUGCUGGCGGUCUGAUCCUCAAUAACCGCGUAAAUGGCGUGCUUGCGGUCACUCGUGCCCUUGGUGAUGCCUAUCUCAAGGACUUGGUUACCGGGCAUCCGUACACCACCGAAACUGUCAUUCAGCCGGACGCGGAUGAAUUCAUCAUUCUUGCCUGCGACGGGUUAUGGGAUGUUUGCAGUGACCAAGAGGCUGUCGAUCUUAUUCGCAAUGUCCAGGAUGCUCAACAUGCAUCCAAGAUUCUGGUCGACCAUGCUCUCGCACGAUUCAGUACCGAUAACCUUUCCUGCAUGGUCAUCCGACUCGACUCAACCCGUCUGAAGAACGUUGUCAACAACAAGGCGGAACCGAUUGGAGUGGAUGGUGACCCCGCGACAAAUGUGGCUCAGGGUAUCAGCGAAGCAGACAAGAUCGUGGAAGGAGCACGGAAACGCAUGGCCAAGGCAGGAAUCAACGAUUCAGAGACAGCAGAGCAAGUUGGAGAAGAAACUCUUCAGAGGAUGGCCAACAAAAGCGAAACCUCCGAGUCCGAACUGUCCGCCAAGGAACAACAACAUGGUGACCUUCCCUCGGUGGAUAUCUUGACCUCGACGCAUGCUUCCAAGGAAACCAAGUGAUGUGACUGAAGUUCUCAUUCCCUCAUAUUCAUUUCGAAGAGGCCAUUAAAGAUGUACAUGUUUUUAUCUGUUGAUCGCACUUGAUGUCUCUCAAGAAAGACGGUCCGAGUUCCUAGGGCGCGGGAAAUUCUUAUGUUUAUUUUUUACUCUCUGUUCUCCUUUCCACAUCCUGAUUUACAUUGUACAUUGGCGUCAGUUUUGAGUUGCAACCAAUACCGGGCUAUCUUGUUACAUGGGCGCCUGUCUUUGGGCAGAAUAGGUCUGGCCGAUACAAUCACUAUUUCUUUCGAGAUCUGUCCAAUGUUGGAUAGUUUGCCACCUUUUUCUUUCUUACCCUUUCUUUCCUUCAUAACAUUCCUGGGACUAGGGGUUGAAGACUAUUGUGUUUGUCAUCCUUAUUUGUUCUUGAAUAUCACAUCUGUGUAUGUAUGGAGCUGGU